AGGAUUUUUCACAUUGUUCUGGAUUGCAAUGGUUUUCUACACUCUUAAAAUUGGUGCCGGAAAUUUCGAGUCUGCUGGGUUUCUCUUUGAUCUAUCAUUCUUUAGAUUAUUUUCCCAGGAUGCCAUCGGACUGUUGUUAAGUGAUGCAUGCAUGAUAGGAUCAAUGUUUUUUGCGGUGUUGCUGCAAAAACUGAUCGCAAUCGGCCUAAUCAGAUGGAAAUAUACCGGAAUGGUGAUUCAGCACAUAUUUCAAAUCUCGUUCUUGUUUAUUCCCAUUUACUGGACAUUUGUCAAAAAUUGGCCAUGGGUGCAAUCCGGAUUCUUUGUUUUACACACAAUUUCAAUGUUGAUGAAACUUCAUUCAUACUCAUUCUACUGCGGUGAACUUUCGGAAUGGGCACUGCGACUUAAGUAUUUAAAGGAAAUGCAUUCAAAACUAAUAGGUGCAUCCAAAAAGUUGGACUCCGAAUGUGAUGAAAGUAAAGAUCAACAAGAGAUAGAUAAGUUAAAAUCACAAAUCGAUCAAGUCGAAGGUUACCUCAACAGCCCGACCGGAAACAUCA